AUGCUUGCGGCGCUCUUUGCGCUCGUAAACGCGGCAUCCGCUGCUUUAUCCUCGUUCAACUAUGUGCCGUUGGGUAACAAUCCGACCCUGUACACACCUGGUUUCGAGCCAAUAAUGCAUCUAGAUCAGCACACUUUCGAUGACACGAUCUUCAAGCAGGAUCAUGCCUUUCUCGUCGAGUUCUAUGCAGAUUGGUGCGGACACUGUCGAGCUUUCGUUCCAUUUUUUCGACAAUUUGCAAAUCUUGUCCGCGAAUGGAAUUCGGUGGUUACAGUGGCGGUGAUCAACUGUGCGGACACAUUCAACGCUCAGACGUGUCGUGAUAAUGGGAUCACUUAUUACCCAAUGAUCAAGUAUUUCCCUCGUACUGCACGAACCCCAAACCAGGCUCGAAUGAUCGAAGCCCAACACUCAGCGGAAUCUAUGCGCGAGGCAUUAAUGAGGAUGGUAGCGAACGAAUAUUCAGUCGCUAGAUAUCCUGACUGGCCAAAUUUGUCUCAUAUUUACGUGGACAGUACUACCACCUAUGGACAACUAUGGGAAGGAGUGCCGGAGUCUGCCGACUAUCUGGCAAUCAUCUUCGAGGAAUAUGACGGCAUUGGAGUGCAGUUCAUUCUGGAUCUCUCAUCUCGAUCUCAUAUGCUAGGAGCUCGACGUGCUCUCUCUAACUCACUGCUUGUCGGCAUGCUGAGGAUCACUGAAUUCCCCACUGUUGCGCUUUUCAGAAGAGAUCACCAACAGGCACUCUAUAUGAUGAGAUGUCGCGAAAUGUUUUAUAUCUCGGAGACGGACAUGCUCAAAGCAAUGCGCAUGGCUUUGUACGAUGAAGUGAUUCGCACACCGGGAUAUAUCCAGGACGAAAACCUCACCGGUCUCACAGACUUCGUCACUCUUCUAUCCAAUCAUUUCCCCGUCCUUUCGUUUUCGAACGAAAUUCGACGAUCCAAACGAACCACAUCAACGAUUUUAAAAAACAGCGAACGUGCACGACUAGUCUUUAUACAUAUGAGGGAAUACUUGGAGUCGCGCAAAAGUCGUAAUGCUGUACCUGUGGAUGAGUAUAAACGGCAAUUCGAGAACGUUGAGCGUGUUUACGCUCAUCCAUUCCCCGUCAACGCUUCAUGGCAACAUUGCAAGGGAACUUUGCCAACGUUCAGGGGCUACACUUGUGGACUGUGGACCACAUUCCAUGCACUCACUGUACACACGUACAUUGACACUAUCAAGGACAGUAACGUUAAUGCUCUGAAACCCCUCAAAAGUAUCCAGGGAUGGGUGCGUGGAUUCUUCGGAUGUCAACAUUGUAAAAACCAUUUCAUGAACAUGACAACCAAUAUCCUUCCAAUGACCGAGCGACGAGUACGACAUCCACAAGACAUGAUGACGUAUCUGUGGCGAGCACACAACAUUGUGAACAAUCGCCUUCAUGGCGAUCCCUCAGAAGACCCACAGUUCACCAAAGUGCAGUUUCCACCGCCGUUCCUCUGCCCAACAUGUCAUUCCGGAGGACAAUUUAGUAGACGCCAGGUGGGUAUUGCACACACUACAAGCCUUAUUACCUCCACUUCCUCUAUCUAG